GUGUGUAAGGUCCCAGAGCUUCCGAUUAGCUCAUGUCGUCCGUCCUAUUAGCAUCCGCGGGGAUAUGCUGGGCGACAGAUGAAGUGCUGAUGCGGAGUGUCUUGGUUUAUCUCCCACCUGCUGAAUGUCAAUGUGCGAGUUCUUCCAGAUCUCUACUCCUUAAAUCCUACUCACUUACCAGUAUACACCCCCCGCGAUUGAAACGUCAUUACACAUACACAGUACGGAAUACGAAUACCGUGUACCGAGAUCCCCGGUCAACAUCCAGGUCCCUCACGACCUCCCACGACUCUUUAUCCUUCAUCACCCACUUCAUCAGUAAGGUAGCGGGGCAAGUUCACCAUGAGCAGCAGCACCCAUAGUGCGUCGGAGCACGAGGAGGAGUACGAAGAUGAAGCCUCUCACACACAUUCGUCGGAUGAGUGGCUGGACGCACUACAACAACAAGAUGAUGAAGAUGAGGACGGAGAAGGCCCCGGCUUGGAAUUCGAAGUUCUUAUCGAGGAAAUCCUAGCCGAUUCCGCCGAGCAAGGCGAGGGUUCUCAUGAUAACGAAGGUGAGGAGGGACAAGGUGCUACGGGACCCCAAAGACGAGUCGUCGUGUUAGGUGGCGGCCGGGAAUUCCGUCCUGCCCUCACCCAGCGCGAAUUCUUGGCUCUGCUCCGCGGCCAGUACCUCAACCCGACGAUUCUCGGCGCUGAUGAUGGCGAAGGCCAGCGCCUCUCCUGGGGUACCCGGAGAACCCCCAGAAACAAGCAAUUUCCUAAGGUCCCCAGCGAGGAGGGUAGGAAGUUGAUGGACUCGGGCGUCUUCGGGGCUUUCGAUCGGAGGGUGCCCAACCGCAAGGCCCUGGCUCGCAGGCUGCUGGAUCGGGAGCUGGGUGUACGUGGCUGGCCAGGUCAGAAGGUCAACCAGGGCCUCAUGGCUCAGUCGAUGAUACCGUCAACAAAACCUGAGAUGGUCGUCCACUACGAUGACCCGGUAUGUUGUGGGCAGUUCUCGGACGAUGGCAACUUCUUUUACUCUUGUGUCAAGGACUUCAAAAUUCGCUUGUACGACACGUCGAGUCCCUAUAACUGGAAGCACUACAAGACGGUCACCUACCCCUUUGGACAGUGGACCAUGACAGAUGCGGACCUGAGCCCGGACAACAAGUGGUUAGCCUUCUCGUCUCUCCAACCCCACGUCGGCAUCGCAGCCACGGAUCCAAACGACACAGGUGAUCCCUACUCGCUCGACCUGGCAGAUGGCGGCCACCCAGGACGGGACGAUUACAUCUUCGGCGGUUUUGCUAUCUUCUCGGUUCGCUUCUCGGGAGACGGCCGCCGUAUCGUUGCGGGGACAGGGGCCAACUCCAUCGUGGUGUACGACAUCGAACGGCGCAAGGCACUCAACCACGUCAUGGGCCACCAAGACGAUGUCAACGCCGUGUGUUUCGCCGACAAACUAUCGCCACAUAUCCUCUACUCCGGCUCGGACGACUGCACCAUCAAGGUGUGGGACACGCGCAGCAUGGGCGACGGCAGAGAGGCCGGUGCAUUCGUCGGCCACACCGAGGGGCUGACGUACAUCGACAGCAAGGGAGACGGGCGGUACAUCCUCAGCAACGGCAAGGACCAGAGCAUGAAGCUGUGGGACCUGAGGAUGGCCAUGUCGACGUCGCGGUUCGAGGAGCUCGACCCCACCGCCAUCACCAACGACCGCGAGUACGACUACGACUACCGCUGGCAGAAGUACGAAGACUACCAGUGGUUCCAGCACCCGCACGACAACUCGCUCGUCACCUUCCGCGGGCACCAGGUGCAGCGCACGCUGAUCCGCUGCCACUUCUCGCCGCCCAACAGCACCGACUCGCACUACGUCUACUCGGGCAGCCACGACGGCUUCGUCUACGUCUGGAACCUCGACGCCACCCUCGCCGCCAAGAUCGACGUCAACGCCGCCACGAGAGCCGCCCCGACCCAGCCGAGAGCGAACCGCCGCCACCGUCUGCAUCACCGCCAUGGGCAGGGCUGGGGGACCAUGGUCCGCGAUGUCAGCUGGCACCCCAACGCGCCCAUGCUGGUUGCAUCGUCGUGGUGUGGUCAGGACUACGAAGUCGGCACGGCGUCGCUGCACUCGUUCAACGAGGGCGAGACUGAUGAGGGAGAUCCGGUCAUGGGCCGUUCGGUGAAUGAGAAGCUGCAGGACUACCCCGAGGGUGUUCUUCGAGGGGGUUGAUUGAACCGAUGUGGACCUGUUCCUAUCUGGUUGGUUGGGAUGGCGAGAAGUGGGAAUUGGGAAUUGGGAAUUGCUGUGGGUUGCAAGGAGCAAUGUUGCGAUGGCGUCAAUCUUUUCGAAGGAGUAUUCUGGCUUGGAGUUUGAAUUGGACUGGGACGGAACGGGACGGUUGGUUUAUUGGCUGCUAAAUACACACAACAUUAACUCUGAUGGGCUCUCUUUCAUAAUGCCUGAAAAAGGCUGAUUACAACUAGGGAAGGCAUGGAAUCUC